UUAAAUAAUAUGAAUUGAAUUAUCAUUUGAUUGAAAUAGUGAUCAGUUGUGCGACACGUGGUUUGAGAUGUCAUUCCUGCGAAUCGCCAAAUAUGUGGCACUCGUGGGCGUCGGCGGCACUUCUGUCCACGUUUUGCAUCAAAACCAUUGGGACGUGCGAAACGUGGGAGCCGUGCGUUUUGGUCGGGCGGCCGUCACUGUGGGUCGCAUUGCCAUUGACUACAAGUGGUCGGUCUCUGCGCUGAAGGACACGUCACCCGAAACGUUGAACGAGUGGUCGGCAGUACAUCAACGCUCAGCCGAUCGUUUGCUAGACCUGUGCUGUACUAACGGCGGGGUAUUUAUCAAAGUUGGUCAACACAUCGCCGCUCUUGAAUAUCUGGUGCCUCUCGAGUACAUCAAUACUCUUAAAGUGCUUCACAGCAGAGCUCCGCGAUCUUCACUCAAAGACAUUAAACGAGUGAUUAAAGAGGACACCGGGAGUACAACCGAGCAAUUAUUCAAUGAAUUCCAAUCGGAGCCAAUAGGGGCCGCAUCUCUGGCUCAGGUGCAUAAGGCACGGCUUAAAGACGGUCGACUCGUAGCGGUGAAAGUACAGCACCCGCACGUGAAACGACACAGUUAUAUAGAUAUGAAAACUAUGGAUGUUUUGGUUCAAUUAGUGGGCACAAUAUUUCCCGAAUUCUCCUUCUUAUGGUUAGCUGAAGAGACCAAACGUAACCUUCCAUUAGAACUAGACUUCAUUAAUGAGGGCCGAAAUGCUGAACGACUCGCCCGUACUUUUGCAAACUUCUUGUGGCUUAAGAUUCCAUCGAUUGAGUGGAGCCUUUCGUCGGAACGUCUCUUAGUUAUGGAAUACGUGGACGGAUGUCAAGUGACGGACAAGAAGUAUAUGAUUAACAAUCAAAUCAGUUGUAGAGAAGUGUCGCACCGCUUGGGACUGAUGUACAGUCAGAUGAUCUUCAUUGAGGGCAAUGUGCACUGCGAUCCACAUCCUGGAAAUAUUCUCGUUAGCAAAUGCUCUGAUGGCAGUCCACAGAUCAUUCUUCUCGAUCAUGGAUUAUAUACUCAAUUGACCGAAAAGUUUAGACACGAAUAUUCUCGUAUGUGGUUAGCCGUCAUCAACGCAGACGUCUCUCAAAUGAAGGUAUGGAGCAAAGCAUUAGGCGUUGGAGAUCUCUAUCCAUUGUUGGCAUGUAUUAUGACAGCCAAGCCGUGGAACGCCAUUCAGAGAGGACUCGACAAAGCAGUCGAUAAGGAAACUCGAAAGAAAGAGUCGGGAGAACUGAGACAAUAUGCGUCCCAAUACUUGACGCAAAUAUCGGAAGUAUUGGCUAAAGUGGACCGACAAAUGUUACUCGUGUUUAAAACCAACGACUUAUUGCGGUCUAUAGACCACGUGUUGGGAACGGCGGGUGAGCGCCGGUCUCUGAUAACAAUGUCGCGCUCAUGCAUUCGCGCCGUUCAUUCAGAACAACUCCGACACUCAAACCAUUGUGUCGCGACCACUACUUCAACCAUAACCUCAUCACAAGAGACUAACUUCUCUUCACAGGCCAGCGAUGACUGCUAUCAGAUCUCAUCCCAAGAGAUCAAUACAUUGAAUGGCAUUCAGUCACAAGAGGCCAGUAAUGCCUCCGAAUUCAUAUUGAAUCUGACUUCCAGUCAAAUCACUUCCAUCGACACCAACCAUACCAUCAACAGUACCGGUGAUGACCAUCACAUCCAUCACACCCUUCACACCGACCCUCAAAAACCAUUGUUUACUGAUAUUAAGCCCAAACUCACUGAUUGUAUGAAGAGGUGUACGGAUGGCGUCAACGACAGCAUCAAUGGCUGUGAUGUGAAAGUAAUGGCAUUUGAAGUGGAGAAACGAAAGAGAGGACGAAAACGAAAGAUACGAACCGCAGAGGAGUUGGAACUCCAUCUCAAGGACAAGAAGGAGAAGAAUAGAUUAGCCGCUCAGAGACUGAGACAAAGGAAGUGUUCGGAAGGGCAUCGCUAUGACAAAGAAGUCGAAGAAUAUGAAAAGAAGAUCAAAAUCAGGAGAAAUUUUGUCCAACAUUUGGAGUCAUCUGUUCAACAGCUAAGGGAUCGCAUCACAGCUAUGGCUAAGAAGAAUCAUAUUCAGAACCAAACUAUUUGUGCCAAUAAUAAUCAAAAUAGUGUCAAACUGUCACUCAAUUGAAUGGAAUUUGGAAAACCAUUGUCUUUGCAAACAAUCAUUUGUGUUAUAAAACAAAUCUAAUUUUGAUUAAUAAAUUAUUAUAUAUUUUAUAAAUAUGAA